AUGCCAUCCCAACCUCUUUCAACCUUCUCUUCGUCUCUACCUUCUUCUUUGUGUCUCCCACUAACCAAGUUCUCCUAUGCCACCGUCUCCAAUGAGAACAUCGUUCCGAUCCCAUGGAUUCAUCUCUCCAGCAAGAACAGUCUUUUUGCCCUUUUCGAUACAAGUCCAACCCUGCUGGACAAUGGGCAGGUUGAGGAUCGCCAGAAGUUAAAGGUCUUGCGGGACCCAGAAAUCAUGGAAGAAAUCGAUCUUUAUGUGCUGGCUAAAGAAGCUCACCGCUCCAUGAACACCGCCCCCACCUCGUUGCUAGAUGCCCAGGUCCCCCAGGUUACCAUCAUUGUCAAAGUACCCAACAUUGCCAUCAAAUAUCCCAUGCCCAAUGGACAGAUCCGAAGGUUUCAAAUGCGGUUUGCUACCAACGAGCACUACUAUGAUGCCAUGAAAUCUCUCUCCCGUGCUGAUGUUCCAACCGUCGAAGCCGGUUCUUUCCCUGCAACCAAGCAGCCGCCGGCCCAAAAUCAGCCUUCCAAUAUUCUACCCGAUGACUCGGCUUCGCAAAUCGGUGUACCCAAUACCAAAUGUGGUACUCGGUCCUAUGCCAACAGAGCCCCUCUCGCAUCUGAGAUGAACCCCGGGCCGCAUCCACCACUUAUCUCAACUCUAAGUUCAGCACCUACAGUUCAUAACAUGCCACCACCCAAUUUUCGUUCUAACGAUCAUUCUGUCGGUCAGCUGCCCACGAUACAGAACACGAGAAACCCAAUCAGUGGGAAUCACUCCAACCUCUCCUCUACCACUGGCACUACUCUCGUCCCAACCAUCAGUGCAUUGAGCUAUCGGGCCGACGGCACCCUUGGGUAUAUAGGGAUGAUGCCUCACUCGGGGACGAACCAUGCUGUCUCAGGGCAGACGGGUACAGACCGAUAUGAUAUCCCGCGGCCAAGCACCACUCACUCGGCGGAUCAAAAAGCGAGUCUUCUGCUUCCUCCGAGAAGAGAGCUUCCAUUUCCCACACAAAAGCCCUCGAGCGCGGUGAAGCCUCCCAAUGAGGUUACCACAACAGCCACUGGAAUGACUGAACCGAGGAGCAACAGUUCCCGAGAUUGGGCAAUUGAAAACCCCGGAAUGAGUGGCGGCCCAGACCAGGAUCUGACACCCUCCAUCCCCGCCGCUAAAUCUAAGAGAGCAGCCGCUAAGACUGCGACCAAGACUCCAGCGAAGAAGCCUCGAGUUGCUCCUACUCGUAAGAAGCCUGCUGCCAAAAAACCUGCCAAGAAUAAUACCACGAUCUCUUCUAUUGACGAACAUCUUCAGCGGCCAGAAUUAGGACGCAUGACUCGUUCGCGUAGUAUCCUCACUGCGCAAACAUCGAACCAGACCAUGAAUCAACAAUCGAAAGAUCCAGUCGGAGAUUCUAGGAGUGCAAGCAUUCCGGCACAGGCAUCCCGUGUCCGCGACAGAAACAAGCAUGACGUCGAUUUUGCGAACAGGAAACUAGUUGUGCAGGAUCUUGAGAUCCAAGGAACACCAAAGGAUGUUGGUCACGCAUUUCCGUGCACUCCAGCGGAUCAGAUCAUCCAGACACAUACUCCAAGGCCCGCUGCAGUGGCUGCCGACCCAGUUUCUCCGAGUAAGCAGGUACAUAGGCACGAAGAGCAAGCUCAGACAAUCCCAGCCAGAUCUUUCUCCAUCGACCACCAAUCCACCCCUGAUAGAGCUCCUACUGUCGUUCACACAUCAGAUGCAGAGAAAAACGAACUCGCCCACGGCUCACCUUUCGCCAACUCUGAUGCCAGUCUCCGAGCCUGGGCAACUUUACCACCCGAGAUCCGCAACCCAGCGUUGAGAGAUUUCGUAUGUCAAUCUAUCAUGCAGCCGAGUUUUGUUGAUUUAUGCAAGGCGUUGGAGAAUGUUUGGGAAACUACGCUAUUGGAACCCAGGCUGAGGAACAGGAACACUUGA